AACAAACAUGGCGGACAGUGAGGAAACCCAGCAGGAAACAAUAGAAGCGGUGGCUGAAGAGGCCCCCGCUGCAGCUGAGUCGGGGGAUGCUGAAGCUGAGCAGCAAGAGGAGGCUGCUGUAGCUGGGAAUGGAACAGAAGAAGCUGGUGCAGAUGCUGCAAGUAGCCCACCACAAACAGGUGAAGCACCUGCAGUCAAUGAUGAAGCGGUAGAGGAGGCUCCCACUGAACAGCCAGCUGAUGGUGAUCAGCCAGAAGGAGAACAAGCUGCACCUGAGGGGGAGGCUGCUGAAGGGGAAGAACAAGCAACUGCUGAAGGUGAAGAGCCUGCUGAUGGCGGGCCUCCUGAAGGGGAGGAACCUGCAGAAGGCUGGGCUCCUGAGGGGGAGGAGCCUACUGAACAAGGGCCUCCUGAAGGGGAGGAACUUGCUGAAGGCGAGCGUCCUGAAGGAGAGGAGCCUACUGAAGAUAGGGCUCCUGAAGGGGAGGAGCAUGAGGGUGAUGAAGGGGAGAAACUGGCUGAGGAUGGAGAAGAGAAAGAGGGAGAAGGGGAAGGUGGAGAACCGAAACCUGAAGGCAAGGAAGGUGAAAAAACAGCCGCUGAGGCCGGUGCUGAAGGUGAGACGCCUGUUGAAGGUGUGGCCCCUGCUGAGGGCGAGGCCCUAGCUGAGGGCGAGGCCCCGGCUGAGGGUGAGGCACCAGCUGAGGGCGAGGUACCAGCCAUAGGGGAAGGUCAAGCUGAAGACGAGGCCCCAACUGAACAAGAAGCACAAGCAGAAGGUGAAGCACCUGCAGAGGGUGAGGAUGCUGAAGCCAAGCCAGGACGUGAAGGUGUUGCCGGCAAUACCAUUGCUGAGGAAGAGGAGCCUGAAGAGGGCGAGGCUCAAUCACCAGUACCUCAGAGUGACACAUUUGCAGAGGGUGAAAAACCAGAGAGUCCCUUAGCUAUAGGAGAGAAAUUGUCACGCGAAGGAAGUCCACAAUUGCCUGAUUUAGGCGAGCCACCCGUUCUUGAACCAGGAACACCAGAAAGAUAUGAUUCCGAUGAGGAGGGUGAAGGGAGGACUGUGCGCGUGGAGGACAUCAUUGAAGAAGAUGAGGAGGAUGAAGAGCCAGAGUUUGAUCGGGAUCUACUUAUUGAAAAGUAUCAUGCUGCCAUCGCAGAGCGAGAACAACUGCAGCAACAGAACUACCAACUUCAGCACAAACUCGCCGACUAUUUCAGGAAGAAGAAAUCAGAUGACACGAGGCAAGAAGUCGAUAAGAACGUGACAGACCAGGAGCAGAGAUAUCUCAAAUAUAUGUCAAAUCUUGAAGAUUUGAGGCGACAGGACAGCGACCUGCGAGAAGACUACAAGAGACAGAUUGAUGAUUUUAAAGACAAAUGUGCAGAUAGGAAAGAAAAGGUUGAUUUCGAAAGUGACCAGUUCAUCCAGUUCAAAAGGACGGUCGCCACGAAUGCUAUAAAUAGCCGAUCUGGUAAAGGAAUACCACCCAAGGAUAUUGACACAUAUCUUCUGAAUGAAAUGAAAAAAGAAGCAGAAGUUGUGGGUGUCCGACUUGAGAAUAUCAAACUCAAGAAUAAACUGAAGAAGAAGGAACUCCAACUCAAAUCCAAGGAGGAACUCGCAGAGGGCCUACAUUUGAUCGACUUUGAGCAACUGAAGAUUGAGAAUCAGACAUAUAACGAGAAGAUUGAAGAACGAAAUGAAGAGUUAUUGAAACUGAGGAGAAAGAUUACGGGGACUGUUCAAGUGUUGACGCAUCUCAAAGAGAAGCUUCAGUUUGUGCAAGGGGAGAAUGGUGUGCAGAAGUCAAAGUUGAGAGAUGUGGAGGAGUUUGUGGCAAAGAAAAGAGAUGUGUUAUCGCGUACAAAACAAGCCAGAGAUGCACUCCGAAUCGACAACCAAAAAUUACGGCAGAAUUGUGGACUUCUUGGCAAUGAGCCGCUAUUACGAGAUUUUGAGGAGCGCAAAGAUGAAGGGGAUGAUCUAAAACAGAAACUUGAGGAAUUGAAAAUGUUCCAUGCUGAAUUGACUCUCAAUUGUACGGGGGUGAGGCGGAAAAUAGAUCAGGCGAGAGCUGAGACAGCCUAAGAGCUCAUGUGAACUGAAAAACAUCACCUGCCUAUAUAAGGGAAUCCUUUCUCAAGUUGCUCAGAGUCUUCUCUGAAUCUAGUUUCCAUUUUUGGCAUAAAAAAAUGUUCUUGAAGAUAUUAGCAAUUUGGGAUGAACUUGUCUCGACCUAUUUCAAUGUUACAUUGAUAUAACUGACAUGUGUGAUAGUGGAGGACUUUGUUCAUUUACUCCUUGUUCCAUAUUUGGGCACAAAAGAAACUGUUAUUGUCGUAAAAACUUCGGCUUCUUACUACAGAUAAACUUAACUGACAUUGCCCUUGAUAAGAAUGGGGGAAAUCAUUGGUGAUCUUGAAGAUAUUUCACUUAUUUGUAUCCUUUUUGGUGGAAUCAGAAAUCCGUCUCACUGUUUUUGGUUGAAUCUAGUAUUUAUACUUAUGGUAUGCAAUCAGUCCGUCCGAUUCAGUCUUUAAAAUCAAUUCAUUCUGUAAUUAAAACUGCUUUGUAAAUAGUCUUCUUCCAUCCUGUAAAGUGUAUACAUAAAUGUUCAUAUAUAAUGAUUUUAUUUCUAAAAAAAAGAAACUUCUGACAAUUUA